UUCCUGAAAUCUAUCAACUAUAGCGUAAUUCUAGUAUUAGAAGAGUAUUUGAGUAUUUUGUACUUUAUACUUCACAAUGUUAUAUAUUUCUGGGCUAACGAAGUAUACAAGAUUGUUGAAUAGACAUAAUAUAUUCCAACACGCGCGUAAAUUAACGUUGAGUAAUUUACGAAAAGAAAAAUUUGAUAAACUUUUUCUGCAGAAAGAUGAAUUUCAAAUAAGACAUAUCGGUCCUCGACAGUAUGAGCAGUUGGAAAUGUUAGAAACCAUUGGGUUCAAGAAUUUAGAGGAAUUAACAAACGCUGCCGUCCCAGAAAAAAUUCUUUACAAGGAAGAAUUGAAGAUCGAGCAACCAGUCACUGAAUACGAAUUGCUAAAGAGAAUUACACAAAUCUCGGAAAAGAAUGAUGUGUGGCGUUCGUAUAUUGGUAUGGGAUAUAAUAAUUGUUGCACUCCUCACACUAUUAUGAGGAACAUGUUCGAGAAUCCAGGAUGGACAACACAGUACACUCCGUACCAACCAGAAAUUUCUCAAGGCAGACUCGAAGGUUUGUUGAAUUAUCAAACAAUGAUAUGCGACUUGACUGGAAUGGAAGUAGCAAAUGCGUCACUUUUGGAUGAGAGUACUGCCGCAGCAGAAGCCUUGGCUCUUGCUUACAGAAGCAACAAGAAAAAGAAGUUGUUCGUUUCUGACAAAGUUCAUCCUCAAACAAUCGGCGUGAUUGCAACGCGUGCCACUUCUUUAGGUCUCAAUCUUGAAAUCGGGGAUGUUUUCCAAGCUGAUACCAGCGGGAAGGACAUAGCUGGUAUUUUAUUUCAAUAUCCCGACACAACAGGAUCCAUUUACGACUUCGAAGAUGUUGUGAAGAAGGCACACGCGAAUGAUACACUCGUCUGUGCUGCUGCUGACUUAUUAGCGUUGGCUAUACUCAAACCUCCGAGCGAAUUUGGAGUUGAUGUAUGCGUUGGCACCAGUCAACGUUUUGGGGUUCCACUUGGAUACGGAGGACCUCAUGCUGGAUUUUUCGCAUGUCGGCAAAAAUUAGUUCGUCUGAUGCCGGGUAGAAUGAUUGGUGUAACCAAAGACUCGAACAGCCAGGAUGCGUACCGCUUAGCUCUUCAAACACGUGAACAGCAUAUCAGGAGAGAUAAGGCUACCAGCAACAUUUGUACUGCACAAGCAUUGCUGGCAAACAUGUCUGCAAUGUAUGCCGUGUAUCACGGGCCUGAGGGAAUAAAAAACAUUGCAAACAGAGUACACUUCUUAACCCUUAUCCUAGCAAAAGGUUUAGAACAAGCAGGGAACAAAGUGGUCAAUAAAUAUUUUUUUGAUACUAUAAAAAUAUUACCUGUAGUGCCUCAGAAAACUAUAAAGAAGAAUGCGAUUGCGUUUAAAGUGAAUUUUAGAUAUUACGAGAAUGGAGUUGGAAUAUCUCUGGACGAGACUACCACAGAGCAAGAUGUAAAUGAUAUCUUUAAGAUAUUCUCGGCACAUACGAACGUUGAAGAAAUAUCUAAAGAGGACACUUGUCUAGUCAGAAACUUGAGUAAAUCUUAUUUUGCUCGCUCCAUACCAUAUUUGCAACAUCCUGUAUUCAACAGUCAUCAAUCCGAAACAAGAAUAGUUCGUUACAUGAAGUCCUUAGAGAAUAAGGAUGUGUCUCUCGUACAUAGUAUGAUACCAUUGGGAUCCUGUACGAUGAAACUAAAUUCUACCACAGAAAUGAUGCCCUGUAGCUUGCGUGGAUUUACUAAUAUCCAUCCUUUUGUUCCCAUUGAACAAACCAAAGGAUAUCAACAGUUAUUUACUGAACUGGAACAUGAUCUAUGCGCUAUAACUGGUUAUGAUAAUAUAAGUUUUCAACCAAAUAGUGGCGCUCAAGGGGAAUAUGCUGGUCUAAGAGCUAUACAACGUUAUCACGAGUCGAAUGAAAACAACAAUCGACAAGUCUGCUUGAUUCCCAUUUCUGCUCACGGUACUAAUCCUGCUUCUGCUCAGAUGGCUGGUAUGCAAGUGAAGCCUAUUCUCGUACAGAAAGACGGUUCUGUGGACAUUGUACAUCUAACAGAAAUGAUAGAUAAAUAUCGAGAGACAUUGUCCUGCUUGAUGAUAACGUACCCAUCAACGAACGGCGUGUUCGAGGAGACCAUCGCUGAUAUUUGUAUUAUGGUUCAUGAAGCUGGUGGCCAGGUGUAUUUAGACGGGGCUAAUAUGAAUGCCCAAGUUGGUCUAUGUCGUCCUGGUGAUUAUGGUAGCGACGUAUCACAUCUGAAUUUACACAAAACGUUUUGCAUACCUCAUGGCGGUGGUGGACCUGGGAUGGGGCCUAUUGGAGUAAAACGGCAUCUUGCACCUUUCCUUCCAUCUCAUCCUGUAAUUAAUCGUUCGGGCAAUGGCCACAACAAUGUAAAACAAACUGGUGCGGUAUCAGCCGCUCCUUUCGGAUCAUCGGCUAUUUUACCAAUUUCAUGGGCUUAUAUUAAAAUGAUGGGUCCGAAUGGGUUAAAAAAAGCCACGCAAGUCGCUAUUCUGAAUGCUAAUUACAUGAGCAAAAAAUUGGAGAAAUAUUACAAGACACUGUACAAAGGAAAGACAGGAUUAGUAGCACAUGAAUUUAUUUUGGACGUACGGGAUUUUAAGAAAACGGCAAAUAUCGAAGCUGUAGAUAUCGCUAAAAGAUUGAUGGAUUAUGGUUUUCACGCUCCGACAAUGAGUUGGCCUGUAUCUGGUACAUUAAUGAUCGAACCAACCGAAUCUGAAGACAAAAAAGAACUGGACAGAUUUUGUGAUGCUCUGAUUCAUAUACGACAAGAAAUUGAUGACAUAGAAAGUGGUAAGUUAGAUAUUGUUAAAAAUCCAUUGAAAAUGGCACCACACACUCAAGAGGAAGUGAUAUCAAGUACAUGGGAUAGACCAUACUCACAAGAAUUGGCAGCGUUUCCAGCUCCAUUUGUAAAAAGAAGUAAGAAAAUUUGGCCGAGUGUUGGAAGGAUAGAUGAUACAUAUGGAGACAAAAAUCUAUUUUGUACGUGUCCUCCUGUCUCACCAGAUUAAUGAGUGAUUUUACUUAUUUAUCGUGUACAGUUGGUUACAGAACUAUUUAAAUAUUUAUUGUAAUUUUUUGUACAAACAUAUUAUUUAUACAAAAUUUCAUACUUUUAUAAGCAGACAAAAUAUAUGUAAUAAAAUCUGAAUCUAAA